CGGGCCACGUGGCGCAAGCGCAGUGUUCCCGGGGUCCCCCGCUGGCCUCUCCUCUCCAGCCCCUUGCUCUGGGGUUCCGUUUUCCUUUCCGGGUUCGCGGAUGUCUGAGGAGAAGAGCAGCCCCGCUUCAGCGAAGAUGGGAGGCCAGGAGAAGCCGGUUGAUGCCGGUGAAGAGAAGCGAAAGGAAGGAGGCAAGAAGAAGAAUAAAGAAGGAGCAGGGGACGGAGGUCGAACAGAGUUGAAUCCCUGGCCUGAAUAUAUUAACACUCGUCUUGAGAUGUAUAAUAAAUUAAAAGCAGAACAUGAUUCCAUUCUGGCAGAAAAAGCAGAGAAAAACAGCAAGCCGAUUAAAGUGACUCUUCCAGAUGGCAAGCAGGUGGAUGCCGAGUCCUGGAAGACCACCCCCUAUCAGAUUGCCUGCGGAAUCAGUCAAGGCCUGGCGGAUAACACCGUAAUCGCUAAAGUGAAUAAAGUUGUUUGGGACCUAGAUCGGCCUCUGGAGGAAGACUGCACCUUGGAGCUUCUCAAGUUUGAGGACGAGGAAGCUCAAGCAGUGUAUUGGCACUCCAGUGCUCACAUAAUGGGUGAAGCAAUGGAAAGAGUCUACGGUGGAUGUUUGUGUUAUGGGCCCCCGAUAGAAAAUGGAUUCUAUUAUGACAUGUACCUUGAAGAAGGGUGUGUGUCCAGCAAUGAUUUCUCCUCUUUGGAGACUUUGUGUAAGAAAAUCAUUAAAGAGAAGCAAGCCUUCGAAAGACUGGAAGUUAAGAAAGAAACUCUGUUGGAAAUGUUUAAGUAUAACAAAUUCAAAUGCCGGAUAUUGAAUGAAAAAGUGAAUACUCCAACUACCACAGUCUAUAGGUGUGGUCCCUUGAUAGAUCUCUGUCGCGGUCCUCAUGUCAGACACACUGGCAAAAUCAAAACCUUAAAAAUACACAAGAAUUCCUCCACAUACUGGGAAGGCAAAGCGGAUAUGGAGACACUCCAGCGCAUUUAUGGCAUCUCAUUCCCAGACCCGAAACUCCUGAAAGAGUGGGAGAAGUUCCAGGAGGAAGCUAAAAACCGAGAUCAUAGGAAGAUCGGGAGGGACCAAGAACUAUACUUCUUCCAUGAACUCAGCCCUGGAAGUUGCUUUUUCCUGCCUAAGGGAGCCUAUAUUUAUAAUACGCUAAUGGAAUUUAUCAGGAGCGAGUACAGGAAGCGAGGGUUCCAGGAGGUGGUCACACCAAACAUCUACAACAGCCGGCUGUGGAUGACAUCGGGCCACUGGCAGCACUACAGCGACAACAUGUUCUCCUUCGAGGUGGAGAAGGAGCAGUUUGCUCUGAAACCCAUGAACUGCCCCGGACACUGCCUUAUGUUUGAUCACCGGCCACGUUCCUGGCGCGAGUUGCCCCUGCGCUUGGCCGACUUUGGGGUCCUGCACCGGAACGAGCUGUCGGGCGCCCUCACCGGGCUCACCCGGGUGCGCCGGUUCCAGCAGGAUGACGCCCACAUCUUCUGUGCCAUAGAGCAGAUCGAGGAGGAAAUAAAGGGCUGCUUGGAUUUUCUGCGGACGGUGUAUACUGUAUUUGGAUUCUCUUUUAAACUGAACCUGUCUACCCGCCCAGAAAAAUUCCUGGGAGACAUUGAAGUGUGGAAUCGCGCGGAGAAACAACUUGAAAAUAGUCUGAAUGAAUUUGGUGAGAAGUGGGAGUUAAACCCCGGCGAUGGAGCGUUCUAUGGUCCAAAGAUUGACAUACAAAUCAAAGACGCCAUCGGCCGCUACCACCAGUGUGCAACGAUCCAGCUGGAUUUUCAGCUGCCCAUCAGGUUUAAUCUGACCUUCGUCAGUCAUGAUGGUGAUGACAAGAAGAGACCAGUGAUCAUUCAUAGAGCCAUCUUGGGAUCAGUGGAAAGAAUGAUUGCGAUCCUCACUGAAAACUAUGGUGGCAAAUGGCCCUUCUGGCUGUCCCCUCGCCAGAUCAUGGUGGUUCCCGUGGGACCCACGUGUGAUGAAUAUGCCCAGAAGGUCCAGCAACAGUUCCACAAUGCUCAAUUCAUGGUGGAUGUGGAUCUGGACCCAGGCUGUACUUUGAAUAAGAAGAUCCGGAACGCGCAGUUAGCACAGUAUAACUUCAUUCUAGUUGUUGGUGAAAAGGAGAAGGCCAGCGGCACGGUCAACAUCCGCACUCGAGAUAAUAAGGUCCAUGGGGAGCGCACUGUCUCCGACACCAUCGAGAGGCUCUCGCAGCUUAAGCAGGCCCGCAACAAGCAGGCAGAGGAAGAGUUCUAGCAGAGAAAUGCUCCCAGCUUGGCUCAGGAGAUGCAAUCAGGCAGUUUCUGUAACAUUGACUCACUCCUCACUCUGGAGAGAUCCGCUUAGAUCGAACUCGGACUCUUGACUUGGUAUGAAUCAGUGACGACUGGGGAUGGAUGUGUUUUGACCGAGACAAGAUUUAGACAACCUGGCAUUUGAAGGAGAUAAAUUAAAGUGGUGCAUGAACAUGAUUGUCUUCAUUAAAUAUCUGGGCAGUGAAAAUAAAAUGUGAGGAAUGCUUUA